AUGCAGACGGAAAGGACGGGGAGACGGAGCUGGGGACGGUGUAUGGUGUUGUUGGGGAUGAUGGUGGUGGUGGCGGCGGCAGAUGGUUUAGAGUUGUUGCCCAGCCAGUGUAAGAAGGAGAGAGACGUGGUGAUAAAUUCAUGCCAAGGGUUUGUGUUUGGGCAGGCCGCAUCGCCGGUGUGUUGUGAGCAGGUGAAGGUGUUCCAUUUUGAGUGCUUAUGCCCAGCUUUCACCCCCAAGUUGGUGGCACUCUUCGACGUUAACAAAGCCAUCAAGCUCCUACAAGACUGUGGGAGGAGGGUCCCUCGUCACUUCAAGUGUGGCAGUCUAAAUUUCCCAUGAAGAUGACACAACUUCCUGCUUGGCAAGUUGUAGUCGUAUUGAUAUCUGCAAACUUGUAUUUGAAAAUAAGAAGGGAUCAUGGUAUAUGGAGAUUCAUAGGUGUUCACUUUUAGCGUAAAUAAAUAUAUUGUUGCAAGUAAUAUAUAUUUUUG